CAUAAGCAUCAGAGCACAACACCGAUCACUAGUAACAACAUGAAGAACUUAUUCAUCCUAGCUCUCUUUGCCUUAACGGCAAUUAGUGCUGAUGCCACCACAACUCUAGGUUACGAGAAACAAGGACAACAACAACUAUUUCCAGAUCCACAACAACAACCACCAUUUCCGCAGCAAGAACAUGUUCCCUACACAUGGGAGCCACCAUAUCCACAACAACAACCACAAUUUCCGCAGCAACAACCAUCCCCUCAGCAACAACAACAAUUCCCUCAACAACCACCAUUUUUUCAGCCAUAUCCGCAACAACAACAACUGAACCAGUGUAAGAAGUUUCUCUUACAACAGUGUAGCCCGGUGGCGAGAGUGCCAUUCUUUCCAUCGCAGAUGUUGCAGCAGAUUAGCUGCCAAGUGAUGAGAAAACAGUGUUGCCGCCAACUGGCGGAGAUCCCUAUGCAGUUUCGGUAUCAGGCCAUCCAAAAUGUCGUGCACGCCAUCAUCAUGCAACAACAACAACCAAAGUUGGGUCAAGGUUUCUUCCAGCCUCACCAGCAGGUCCAGGGCUUCCUCCAGCCUCAACAGCUACAAGUCCAGGCGCUGCAGACACUAUCGAUGGUGUGUAAUGUGAACAUCCCACCCCCACAGUUUGGUGAUGUCUCUGUCAGCAUUGGUGGCUAUUGAGAAUAUAUGAGCUCUCGCCGUAGGUAGACAUAUCAACGAUGUUUACCCUAUGUAGAGGUGACAAAUAAAGUGUGUUAACAUGGACCCUUGUUGGUUCAAAUUUGGGAAUAAAAGACAAAGAAAGUUCUUGUCUC